AUAUUGACAAGAGUUCCACGUCUAUCGUAAAGGUUGGUAAAGGGCAAGGAGUGAACACAGAGGAGUCGUACUGGAAGGAAAGGUGAAAAACUAACAGAAAAAGAUAAUGGCUGAAACGCCGCAGUCCUUCCUCCAAACUGCAAAGUUCUUUAUCUACGCUUCGGGAAUAUUCUUCCUUUAUUUCUAUUACGGGAUUCUACAGGAAACCAUAACACGCACUCGAUAUGGGGAGGAGAAGGAAAAAUUCACCUAUUCUCUUGCACUCGUAUUUUGCCAGUGUAUCGUCAAUGCUAUAUAUGCCAAGAUAAUGGGGAAGUUUUUCCUCGACCAGGGCGAGGACACCACUCGCCGUGUCUACUAUGCUUCCUGUUCCCUCACCUACCUGCUGGCCAUGGUUGCCUCCAAUAUGGCGCUGCAGUGGAUUAACUAUCCAACACAGGUUGUAGGCAAAUCAUGUAAGCCCAUUCCUGUGAUGGUUCUUGGCGUUAUAUUAGGCCGUAAAUCCUAUAGUUGGAAGAAAUAUGUUUUCAUCUUAAUGAUCGUUGUAGGUGUGGCACUAUUUAUAUACAAGGACUCAAAGGCAACUGCAUCAACAGCAGGUGGUGGAAUAGGCCUUGGUGAAGUGCUCUUGGUGCUCUCCUUGACGAUGGACGGCCUAACAGGUGCUGUUCAGGAAAGGAUGAUUGCGGAGUCCAAGACGAAGUCGGGCCAUAUGAUGCUCAACAUGAACCUCUUCUCAAUUGGUUACCUUGCUGUUGCACUGCUUGUAACUGGUGAACUGUUCACUUUCGUUGCGUUUGUGCAGCGUUUCCCUGAAGUCAUGACAAAGAUGCUGAUCUUCAGUGUCUGCAGUGCUCUUGGUCAGUUCUUCAUUUUCCUGAUGGUGAGCGAAUAUGGGCCAUUACCGUGCUCCAUUGUCACUACAACACGGAAGUUCUUCACUGUGCUGGGAUCCGUCAUUUUCUUCGGCAAUGAGCUCUCAAACAGACAAUGGGGUGGAACUUUCCUUGUGUUUGCAGGUCUCACCCUCGAUGCCAUGUACGGGAAGACACCCAAGAAAGAGAUCAAGGAUGGGAAGGCGAGCAAAGAGUUUCUGCAUUCACGUACUUCCAUUUAAGUUAGACACUUGAUGGGUUUCUCAGAACAAGAGUGGAUUUGGAACAACUAGAAGAACUACUAACAAGACCUGCAUCUCGUACAUGAAACAUCUUUACUUGCCACAGAUUCUUCACUCAAGUUUACUACAAAAACUGGCCUGAAUUUCUUUGUUAAUCCACAUUUAUCGUCCAUCCCAUCCACAUUAUAUUGCAUUUACUUUGCACUUAACCGUGAUUCAGUAUUCCAUGGAUACUGUGUCACUGGCAGCGCAAAAUUAUAUAUCCCUUUAUUGUGGUUUCCUUUUUAAGGCAGCGAACCACAAGAUACUUUUUUCAAUUAGAUAGGACUUGCUGAGAUGUUGGAGCUGCAAGUCACAGGCCCUCAGUCAGACUUAGUUUGUCCAGAACCAUGUGUUUACCUGUCUCUUAUUAAACUCAAUCUUCGCUUUUGGCAUGCAUUGACUUCAAAAGGGAAAACAUGUAUUGCUGGCAAGACUGUCAGAAGAAAGAAAGCCAUAAUCUGCCUUUUUGUGGGAUGUCAGACCAGUGAUACUCCAUUGUGUGAAUAUUUAUAUAAGAUGAAAGAUUUAUUUUCAUUAUAGAAAACAUGCAUUGUUAUAUAUAGUGUGCAAAUAAAGUUUUUCCCAGUA